AUGAUAAACCGGCGGUCGGAAAAUCUAACUGUGAGCCGACGAACUUUGCCCUCUUCAGAAGCCGACGCCGGCGGCGACGAUUUCCGACGAUUCUUCGGCGAGCUUCUGAUGUCUGCUGCUUUGCGCAGCAAUUUCAAGUUAUGCCAUCCUGGCUCUCUCUCUCUCCAUCUACACUCGGAAACCCUACCUCAUUUCCUCUCUAUUCCCGCUGCGACUCUCUAUCGUCAGUUGAUUCAAUUGGCUUGCUUCAGUAGCUCAAAUUCAUUUCCUAUUUUUUCGAAGUUCGAUUUUCUGGAGCAAUUUUCGCCUCACGGAAACAGUUGCAGCAGCUCGUUCGAGACGGUGGUUAAUUCAAAUGAGAGGCGUAAACUGGCCGUCGGAAUUUCGGAGAUUAUCAAGCAGCGUAAGGGGUACCUUUUACAGCAAUUUUCCAGCGAUUUCUGCCCGUUUAAACUUUUUGAGAUAAUGAAAAAGUUCGAAACUCAGCAAAUUUCCUUUGCGUUUUUUAAAUAUGUUUUUCGAGACCACUCGGAUUGUACAAUUCGACAUUGUUGCGUAUUGGUUCGUUUGUUAGUGUUCGAAGAAUUUAGGGUUUUAGGUCAAGAUGUACUCACUUGGAUUAUUCAAGAAAUAGGAGAGAAUAGGAGCUAUAAACUCGUGUGGGGUGAGAGCUGCAAGAAUGCAUCAUCCUUUCUCAUUCUUGAUACAGUAAUGCGAUCGUUUACAAAUGCAGAGAUGGCACAUUGUGCAUUGGAGGUUUUGGGUAGGAUUUUCGAAGUUGGAUGUAGGCCGAAACAAUCAGCCAUUUGUAAUUUAGUAAAGCUUCUGCUUAGGCUUGGUGAUUAUGGCAGUGUAUGGAAGUUGUUCAGGGAUAUGCUUCGAAGAGGGCCUAUCCCCUCGAUUUACGUCUUCAAUAUGAUGAUUCUUGGCUUUUCUAAAAGGGGAGCUGUUAGCGUUGCUGAAAGUUUGCUGUUUAUCAUGAGUAAGUUUUGGUGUGAUCCGGAUGUUCAUUCGUAUAAUAUAUUAAUAAAUGCGUAUUGUGCAAAGGGGCGGGCUUGGGAUGCGCUUGGUUUGUUGCGUUUGAUGGUAGAUAGUGGUUGCCAUCCGAGCCCGACUACGUUCUGUAUGCUUGUGAAUGCUUUUUGCAAGGAUGGUAAUGUUGUGGGAGCGAGAAAAAUCUUUGAUGCAAUGGAGGAAAUGGAUGUGCUUCCUAACACUUUCUUGUACAAUGCGUUGAUGGAUGGGUAUAUUAAAGCGAGAGAAAUUGAUCUAGCAAACAAGCUUUUCGAAGAAAUGACGAACAAUGGCGUGGCUCCUGAUGGUGUAACUUUCAACAUUUUGGCUGCAGGUCAUUGCAAGUAUGGGAAGGAGGUGAAUGGAGACGAAUUGGUGAGAAAUAUUUCGAGGAUGGCGUUUUUUCCUAAUUGGUUAUCGGAUAUGUCAAUUGAGGGAUUAUGUUGGGCUGGGAAAUUAGAUGAAGCUUUGGAAUUAUUGAAGAAAGGGCUUGAUGAGGGAAUUCCUACGAAUGUAAUUGCGUACAACUCAUUAAUUGUUGCCUAUGCGAAAGCGGGAUUAGAAGACAAAGCAUUUGAAGUUUAUAACAUUAUGGUGAGAUUCGGGACGACUCCUUCAGCUUCGACAUGUACUUCUCUUCUUUUAAGUUUAUGCAAGACUGGAAGGCUCCGAGAAGCCGGAAUUCUAAUACACAAGAUGGCGGAGAAGGGUUAUCGAAUGAGCAGAGCAGCUUUCACUGUUGUUUUUGAUGGAUAUUUUAAGAACGGAGAUAUUAUCGAAGCUCAGGAUAUAUGGAAAGAAAUGGAGAUGUGUGGAAUGGCCCCUGAUGCUGUUGCUUUUUCUGCCUUCAUCGAUGGACUUUCUCGGUGGGGCUAUGUCGAAGAGGCGUACGAUAUGUAUGUAAGAAUGACAAGGAAAGGACUCGUGCCUAACAACUUCGUGUUCAAUUCUUUAAUUUCUGGAUUUUGCAGCUGCGGAAAGAUGAACGAAGCGUUGACAUUGGAGAUGGAGAUGCGAGAAAGGGGUUUGCUGCCGGAUAUCAUCACGUUUAAUAUUUUUAUAAACGGUUUCUGCAAGCAGGGGAGGAUGAAGUCUGCCAUGGAUGCAUAUGUUGAGAUGCAUAGACAUGGGGUUAGCCCGGAUAUCGUGACGUACAACACUUUGAUCAGCGGCUACUGCAAUCAGUUAGACAUGUUAAACGCCGAAAACUUGGCAAACAGAUUGCAGACUAGUGGUUGGGAUCUGGAUAUCUAUACCUACAACAUACAGAUUCAUGGUUCUUGCCGAACCAUGAGGAUGAACCGAGCUGUUGUGUUGUUAAAUGAGCUUAUUUCCGCGGGAAUAGUUCCGGAUACAGUUACAUACAACACACUUUUGAACGGGAUCUGUCACGAUAUACUUGAUCGUGCGAUGGUCUUGACAGCAAAAUUGCUCAAGAUGGCUUUUGUUCCGGAUUUAGUGACGAUUAAUAUGUUGCUGUCUAAUCUACACAGGCAAGGAUUGCCGCACCGGACAGUGAUGUGGGCACGGAAGUUGCAGGAGAUUUCAUUUGAAUUUGAUGAGAUAACUCACAACAUUCUCGACAAGGCGUAUCAUGACAUCGAAGAUGUUACUAGCACAAAAGAGAUUACAGCGAAGAGUUUCUUCUUAGACUUCUUGAUGUACAUAACAUAUGACUUUGUACACAGAAAUCAGAUUAGUCGGAAGAUGAGCUUUGACCCUUUGGAUUUUAUUGACAGAAGAUUUAGGACGAACAUGGAAGCAAUGAACAAAUGAGUUUAUGAAAUGCUUGAUGGUUCCGGGAUUUGGCUCGUGUAAAUGUCUGAUUACACUCCGGGCUGUUUGCCGUUGAUCCAACACUUACGCCAUUAAAUGGAAAUGGAAAUCCUUUUGUUAUGUGUGGACGACGAUUCUUUCAUCUAUAUAUGCAUAAAGCAUCACAUUAUUGGAUCGGGAAUGCAUCGAGGCAGACAUUCUACUCGACCAUUUUUUGGCAUGGAGGUCGAUAAGAACUGCUCGAGUUGACGAAGAAGAUUCUUAUGAGAGAAGUCAUGAUGUUGACGAAGAAUGCAAAGAUUCUUAUGAGAGAAGUCAUGAUGUUGACGAAGAAUGCAACCGGUGGGCUUUCUGCGCUUGAAGCCUGGACGAUUUGAUUCAGGGCUUCUACUACUUCGCUCAUCUUUGGUCGAUCUUUUGCGCUCUUUAGCAAACAGGUAUCGGCAAGUUUGGCGAUCCUACGAGCUGCGCUGAGCGA